AUGCCAAAAAUGGCAGCACCGACAGAUUCCUUGAGCCGAGUGUCACGCUGCCUGAUGCUGAUUCCGUUUCCUCAUACCCUGCAACAACAAAGAAACAUUGCCAGGAAGCAUGCCUCCUCAACUGCUCGUGCGCUGCAUUUACUUUCAAUUUACCUUCAGGGCCGUGCAAAAUCUGGUAUUGUUGGUGCUCUUGCCGUUGUAUUGGGUAUCUUUUCACUUUUAAUGUGGCGGAGGCAUCGGCUACGAUCAAUGGAGAGGCUUGCAGAUUCCUCAGACUCUUUUCUAAGAAUGUUUAGUUACAUGGAGUUGAAGAUUGCAACUAGCAUUUUCAGGUCUAAGCUGGGGAGCGGAGGAUUCGGCACGGUGUUCAAAGGACACCUAAUAGACGGUACACUUGUGGCCGUAAAGAAGAUGGAGGGUUCAAGACAAGAUGAGAAGCAAUUCCAAGCAGAAAUCAGUUCUCUUGGAAACAUACAACAUGCGAAUUUGAUCAGGCUUCGAGGGUUUUAUGCAGAAGGAUCGAGAAGGUUUCUGAUUUAUGAUUACAUGGCUAAUGGCUCUCUAAAUUCUUUACUGUUCACCAGUAAUUCAAAAAAUAAACGGAAGGUACUCGACUGGCACACCCGAUUCCAGAUAGCGUUAGGCACGGCACGAGCUUUAGUUUAUCUCCACGAGGAGUGCAGAGAUCGCAUCUGUCACGGCGAUGUAAAGCCCGGAAACAUUCUUCUGGACAAUAAUUUUUCACCCAAGGUAGCAGAUUUCGGGUUGGCAAAGCUUGUGGGUAGAGAUUUCAGCCAUGUCCUGACCACAACGAGAGGAACGAGAGGAUAUUUGGCUCCAGAGUGGAUCUCUGGUCUUCCCAUCACCCAAGAUGAGAAAUUGAAGUUCAUUCCCAAUCUCUCAGAAGCCAAGCUAAGAUUUAUUGGAGAGCUAAAGGGGGAGGGCAUGAAUGCCAUAGUGGGUAUUGGAGUUAAUGAUGCCCAAAUAUUAGCAACAACAGAUGUGGGAAUAGGUAUGGGUGUUGAGGGCUCUGCAAUAGCUAUGGAAUCUGCUUAA